UCCCGGUAUAAAAACGGAGCAGGCGAGCAGCUGGCACGGCAAUCGGCAACCAUUUCGAAAUUCGAAUUCUCCCCCACCUCCCCGUGCUCGAAUCCCUUCUCUUCUCCGGUCUCCGCCCGCUGCCGCCACUCCCACGCCUCACGCCUCGCCUCCCUUGUCGCGCAAAACCCCACCCAAUUCGAUCGGAAGCUGCCGAAUCCUAAACCCCAUGAAGAUCUCGGAGCUCUCCCCCGAGUACCGGCAGCCGCCGCCGCACGCCGGCCUCCUCACCGACCUCAACAGGGUCGUCGCCGACGUCGAGGCGUUCGACACCUCCGAUUCCUCCUCCCCGGAGAAGCUCGCCGCCGAUCUCCGCCGCCUCCUCACCAACCUCGCCUCCGCCGCUUCCUCCUCCUCGGGCCUCGACGGGGCGUUCAGGGUCAAGGUGUGGCACCUCGGCUUCCGCCUCUGGAACGCGUGCGUCGACCGCGCCAACCACAGCUUCCCCCCGUCGAGGGUCGCGGUCGCGGAGGCGGAGAUCCGGCAGGCGGCGCCAGAGCUCCUCCUCGUCGCUGGCCUCCCGGAGGACAUCCCCAACGCUUCAGCGAAGGCGGCGUCCUUUUUCCACCGCACCGGACUGGUCUGGCUUGACCUCGGCCGCGCCGACCUCGCUUCCGCCUGCUUCGAGAAGGCCACGCCGCUGGUCUCUGCCGCCGACACGGAAGGGGAUCGGGCCGUCCUGCUGGACCUCAACCUCUCGCGGGCGCGCGUGGCGUCGAUCGCGGGCGAGCAAGCCCUCGCCGUCGCGCUGCUGAGCCGGUCCAAGCCCCUCGCGGCGGGGUCUCCCGAGGGCAUCAAAGCCCUCGCCGAGGAGUACCUCCGCAUCGGCCAGGCUGCUCUCGCCACGAAACCCCCGGAUCCCGCCAUCGACGCGUCCAACCUCUUAACCGAGGCGCUUGAUCUCUGUGAGAAGGCCGCGGCCUCCCCGACCACGCCGACGACCCCGGGAUCCACUCCUGCAACUUCGAACCUCCAAGUGAUCAAGGAUCAAUGCCUCCGCUUCCUCGCUGUCGAGCGUCUCGAAGCCAAUGACUAUGGGGGCACCCUGCGCUGUAUUAGUGUCUGGAGAACCUCGCUGGGGCUGGGGGAGGAACACCCGAGCAUUGGGUUCAUGGCGCUGCGCGCGUGCCUCGGCAGCGGGAACUUGGCGGAGGCCGAGAGGGAGCUCGAGACACUCAUGGCGAACGCCAGAGCGCCGGACUUUGUGUGUGUGUCAGCGGCUGAGAUGUACCUUGCCAGCACGGGUCCGGAUGCUGCGUUUAAGGUGCUCGUUGCGCUUGCUGCACGGUGCCGAGCCGGUGCUGCAGGUGCUGCAGUGAGGGUGUUGAAGAAGGUGGUUGAGACUGCAGGUGGCGGAACUGGGCGUGCAAGAGCGAUUGCGGAGCUCGCAUCCGAUGAGAGGGUGGUCAAGCUGUUCGAUGGCCCUGCUAACUCCCACGAGCGCAACACGAUGCAUGCGUUGCUAUGGACCUGUGGCACUGAGCAUUUCUACGCAAAGAACUACGACAUUGGUGCGGAUUUGAUUGAGAGGUCAAUGCUUUAUGUUUCCCGUGAUGAGGAAAGCAGAUCCCGCCGCACAAACUGCUUCCGAGUACUUUGCCUUUGCCAUAUGGCACUUCGGCAUCUCGAUCGAGCUCAGGAGUUCAUCACUGAGGCUGAAAAGGUUGAACCCAAUAUCCACUGUGCUUUUCUGAAGUUUAAGAUCCUUCUGCAGAAGAGGGAGGAGGAUGAGGCUAUCAAGCUGAUGAAAACCAUGGUGGGUUAUGUAGACUUCAACCCUGAGUUCCUGACACUCUCAAUUCAUGAAGCUGUUGCCUGCAAAUCUGUUCGUGUGGCAAUUGCUGCAUUGACCUUUCUUCUAGGUCUAUACUCUGCUGGAAAGCCAAUGUCAAUGACAGAGGCUGCUGUCCUCCGCAACCUUGUAGCCCUCCUUCUCCGUGAGCCAGGAUCUGAGGCUGAGAUCCUAAAGUACUCAAGACGUGCCAAGCUACGGAUGGCUGAGCUUGGCAUGGAAGCUGUUUGUGGGAAGGGAACUGUUGGGCUGUGUGAACGGAAUUGGUUUGCAGUCAAUGCAUGGAAUAUGGCUAUAAAGAUGGCAAAGGAGAAGAAGUAUGAUUAUUGUACUGAGUUCUUUGAGCUUGCAGCUGAAUUGUUCAGCAAAGGUAAUGGUGAGGAUGAUGCUGACUGUCUCUUGGUUAGUAAAUCAUUGAUCAUGAGUGUCAGUGCCAUGCUCCAUACUGAGGAGCUAAACAAAUCUCCAUUAUCUGACUCUGACCUUAAAAAGGGCAUUGAGAUGCUCAGCAGAGCUGGCAAGUUGCUUUCGGCUUCAGUGACCUCUGAUCAAUUGGAGGAUAAUAUCUUGCCCUUUCUUCAUACCAUGAACUUCUACCGUCUUCUCAACAGGAUGGACACUAGUGCACACCCUCAGCAGCUCCAGUUAGUCAAGAAUUUUGCAGCAUCUAAAGCAUGUACACCAUGUCAUCUUCUCAUACUCGAACAAAUAGCUUCUCAAGGUACCCAACCAAACCUACUGGUUGCUGAGUUUCUCCUGAAGGCCAGCAUCACUACUGCCCUUGCUUCUCACUCGCCAAACUAUGGGAUAAUCAGUGCUGCCAUUAGAAGGCUAGUGCGCCUUGCUGGUCUCCAGGACUCCAGUGGCAGCAUGAGUGAUGCAGUCUAUGACGUAUUUCAACAAGCUUACCAGAUUGUGGUUGGACUUAGAGAUGGUGAAUAUCCAUUUGAGGAAGGAAAGUGGCUUACAGCGACUGCAUGGAACAAGUCAGGUUUAGCUUCACGCCUUGGGCAACGUUCAAUUGCUAUAAAAUGGAUGAAGAUGGGAAUAGAUCUUGCUCGGCAUUUUGAGAGCAUGAAGCAGUACGUAUCAGGAAUGGAGGAAUACUUUGAGCACUUCCAGAAAGUAACUGGUAAAGAACCUGAUGAAUGUAGCCAGAAAGAUGGGGCACCAAGUACUAGCUUCUCUGGGACCAGGUUCUGCUGGUGAUGCACGACCAUAACCAGCUAGUGGUGCAGCAGCUACUCCUCUUUGGUUCAGCAAACACCUGAAGCGUGCCAAUCUUGAUGUGACUAAUCUUGUGUCAUUUGCAAGCUUCUCAAUCGGAGUCCAAAGUCUCUCUUCAAGGCAAUGCAAUGGGUUCGUUCAUGUAAAAUCCUUCCCAUGAGGCAUCCAAGUGAUCCAGGACAUGCCCACAAACUACUGAUCUUUUCAAAUAACAAACUUAGGAGCCACUUCAUUUUCGGUGAAAAAAUCAUGAUGUACCUGAAAGAAUGCCAUCAAUGACUUCAAAUGUAAAGUUUUUACUGACAUCAAGUGGUUCUCUGCAGCUAUCUGAUGGCCAUAAUGACGGGUAGCCAACGCCCCUGAAAAGGGUACAAAUUUCACAAUUUCACUUGUUGAAUAACUCUAGUGUGUCACAUUGAAUGGCUUCAAUAGAUAAUAAUGGGAACAUCAAUCUCAGCCAACACAUUUACACCUCGCCUUUCAGCAUACCUGUGAGGGAGAGGUGUAGCUACCUAAGUUUUAUGAUAAUAUCUAGUGGAGGUGAAGAAACGGAUACAUUGAAUAUACAAUAAAGGUAUUCAGCUUUUGACUCCCAAAUCAGCUUGCUUGUGUGUGUGCUUACAAAACUUUGAAGGUGCCAUUUAUAUUGUUUUCCAAUCAUACUGCUUCCGUGCUUAUGUGUCAUUGCCUUGGCCCCAUUAAGGGCUCCAUGUUAGAAACACCGAAGCUCCCAAAGAUGUGGCCAAACUGAUGUAUUAAAUUUGCAUACUGUUCUGUUUUAUGCUUUAUUUAUUUUUAAUGCCAAAUUCUCCUAUUUGUGUACAUAAUUGUUGAACAAUUGCAGAAAGAAAAUCCUCCUGUGGACAUGUUUGCGAUGUUUACGUAGUUUUGAAGACACCUCUAAUUAUUCAGUGCUGGCAUAGUAUUGGUAUUGUAAAUUUUGUAAUAUUGAUAACAAAAAUAGAACGCACCGUACAAUGUCCAUCGCAUCAGACAUUGUGUAUCUCUCUGAAUAAGAGUAUGAACCAUUCCACAGUUUGGGAUAUGAAGGUAUUUCAAUGGGAAAGGAUUGCUCAUCUACGAUGUGCCAAUGGAGAACAUUCUGCAUGAUGAAAUAACAAAGGAUUUACACACAGUAAGUGGAACUGUAUUUUAGGAGCAUAAACAGAUUACCUGACCAGUCCAAGUCUUCUAAAAUUUAUCAGUCAAAGAAAUUAAAUUUAAUGGCCAUCAAACCUACCAUUUUACUGUAGGUCAUUGCAUCAAUCACUCCUUUGAUUAUCUUAACAGGUAGGUAGUGCCUUGCAGUAUCUGCCAGCAUAUAUAAGCUUAAGUUGAUGGUGUAAUGGAGCCACUGGACGUCCACAUUAUUAACAUUUGGUAUUUAGAAACUUGUGAAAGGUGGAAAUGCUGAUUAUAUCUAACCAAUAAGCAGUCCCCUGUAAGGAAAUCUUGGUGUGUCAGUAAUUAUCCAAGGAGCUGAAUUGAGUCCGAUGAGUCGUGAUGUGAAAUCAAAGUAACACAACUGACCAAAUGUCUGCAUUGAUUCAAAGAGUUACUGUUGGACAGGAUUAUGAGCUAACCUUGCUUGCCUUAUGUAUUGUGCUUGUAUAUGGAUAAUAUGAACUACUUACCUGUAAGCCAUGAAGUGCUCCAAAAACGGUUUGAGCCUACAAAAGUAUUGCAAGGUGUCAUCAGCAUGAAAUGAUUUGAAGCAACUUGCAUUGUGCAUAUAAAUGAUAGAUGUGAGCUCAUAGUUCUUCAAAAGAAAAUGUGAGCUCAUUACUGGUUCCACUUUCUCUUUGCAGCCUAACAAGGUUUCCCAUUUCAUGGAAGUUUAAACAUAGACACUUUGGGAGGGAUAUCACAUUUCAUCGUUGAGUUGAUGUUAUAUUACAUGAUACUCUAGUCAUUAUGAGGAUUAACUUGUGGUUUGCUUACAAAGGUCCAUCUGUUAUUCUGUUUACUUGUAUUAUAUGUUAAUUUGUAUUUCAGAAAGGCCUAUCAAGAUGGUUUUGGACAGCAAUAUAAUAUGCAUGCUGCAGGAGAUACUGAAGGCAUGAACUGCACUAGGAUUCUCAAAGUUCAUUAUCAAGAAAAAAAGGAAUUGCAGAAACUACAUUGGAUCUCCUGUAGUUGGAACUGUUAAGUUAUAUGACUCGUCUGCCCCAAAGUUGAGCUGCAGAAGAUGAACAAGGUGAAGUAUAUUAAUUGAAAGAUGAAAAAUCCAAUCUAUAGAUGGACUUGCUGUCAGAUCAAACAAGCAGGUUACCUCAUCUUCAGUUGUAUGGACAACUAUAUUAACACAGAGCUUCUGUGUUCCAUGGGACACCAUCUUGGGCAUCGGCCACAAGUCGAUGUUGUCAGCAGCGAUGCAGGAUCCAAUUGCCAGAAAUGCUAGCAACAGCCUCAGAGCCGGUGUCAUCUUUGCAGAGUGGUGACACAAUCUUUUCUUGGCUAGCUCGAAUGGCCAGCCUCACCUCAGAGGAAAAAGAAAUAGGUGAUCCAAUCUGCGAGCGCAAGGCAAGUACCUUUUCUCUCUCCUCCUCCAGUUGUCUGAAAGAGAACCAACGGGAAAACCAGUUGAACUCCUAUCUUAGGAUGAAGACGAGCGACGAGGAGGUAUAUGAGGAGGGCCACCACGGGGCAUUGCAGACUGGGGUUAAAGAAGUGGUUAGAUGGAGGGAAGAAAAGGCAUGCACAGGCACAGGUCUGGUGCACUUCGGUGACCCAAAACAGAUCGCAGUGUCUGCUGUUGGCCUGUUGUGCUGGCGAGAUGGUGGGAGCGGCCGAGCGGGGGAGGUGCCGCGCGUUGUGGCUAGUAAAAAUGCGUGACAAGGAUCUGGUUGGUAGGUUGAUCACACUUUGUUGCCCGUUGUCACUGUCCAACGGAGCGUCACGGCGCUGCGCUCUAGCUCGAGUGAAACCAUAGCUUGUUGGCCUUUCCGUGCUGUUGGUUAAUAUUGUUGGCCUUCCCCUGCUGCUGGUUAACCUUUUUAUUAUAUCUUGUGAAAGCUAUUAGUUAAUCUAAUGACGGCUCAUGCAGGCAUGCA